AUGGCAGAUAAUGACGGAAGUACUUCAAGCCAAAAAUCUAGUCGUUUUAAACAAACAAACUUGGAAUGCAAAAAUCUUUACGAUUACCUAAAAUCUCGUUCUUCGCAAGUAUUAGAGAAGCUCUACAAUCAUCCAACGAUAUGUCUAGCAAUAUACAGAGAGUUGCCCGAUUUAGCAAAACAAUAUGUCAUAAGAUUAGUGUUUGUUGAACAACCCGUUCCUCAAGCAGUGGUGGCUUCUUGGGGUUCACAGGUUUUUUCCAAAGAACAUAAUUUCGCGAGCACUGUGUUGGCGGAGUUAACCCUGUGGCAGGAGGCAGCUAUACCAGGAGGUCUAUUGGGCUGGAUCCUGUCUCCUACUUUUAAAAGAAAUCUCAAAGUUGCUUUGCUGGGAGGUGGAAAAGCUUGGAGCAUGUCUUCAGCACUAGAAGCUGAUUCAAAAGCUAGAGAUGUUGCCUUUUUGGAUACUUAUUCACAGGAAAGAUGGGAAUGUGUUUUACAUUAUAUGGUGGGCUCUCAACAACAAGAAGGCAUAUCUGCUGAUGCUGUUAGAAUUUUAUUACAUGCUGGUCUAAUGAAAAGGGAUGAAGAAGAUGGAAGCCUUGUUAUAACAAGGCAAGGAUUUCAGUUUCUGUUACUCGAUAGGCAAGCCCAAGUUUGGCAUUUUUUACUGCAGUAUUUAGAUACAGUUGAGGAAAGAGGUUUAGAUUUAGUGGAAUGUCUAACUUUUUUAUUUCAACUCAGUUUUAGUACACUAGGUAAAGAUUACAGUACAGAGGGUAUGAGUCCAGGUUUAUUAAUUUUUUUACAACAUUUGAGAGAAUUUGGUUUAGUUUAUCAAAGAAAAAGAAAGGCUGGUAGAUUUUACCCUACCAGAUUAGCUCUUAAUAUCACUAAUAGCCACAAUAAAUCAACUCCUGAUAUAGAAGAGGAUCAUCCUAAAGGUUACAUUGUUGUAGAAACUAACUAUAGGAUAUAUGCUUAUACAGAUUCAAAUUUACAAGUAGCACUUGUAGCCCUUUUUACAGAGUUGAUGUACAGAUUUCCUAAUUUAGUAGUUGGAUUAAUAACCAGAGAAUCUGUAAGACAAGCUUUAAGAGGGGGGAUAACAGCAGAUCAAAUAAUAGGUUUUUUAAAACAACAUGCCCAUCCUCAAAUGCUUAAUGCUGAAGCUAAACAACCUCUACCUCCAACUGUAGUGGAUCAAAUUAAACUGUGGGAGCUAGAAAGAAAUAGACUGACUUAUAGUGAAGGAGUGUUAUAUAGUCAAUUUUUAUCUCAGGCUGACUUUAAUGUGCUCAAAGAGUAUACAGAGUCUAAUGGGGUACUUAUUUGGUGUAAUAAAGAAAAAAGAACUUUAGUUAUUAAUAAAUCAGCACAUGAUGAUGUAAAAAAGUUUUGGAAAAGAUACUCAAAGGGUAAUUAGUGUUGG